UGACCUGAGUUCAUGUUCUCGUUUGGACAAUCACAGGCCCCCAGUAAUGUCUCUUCAGGGGCUCAAACUGGGGAUCUCAAUCUUAAGAAAGUUAUUGAAAAUUUCCUCACUGACCUGCGACUUACCGCUUCGGAGACUAAACGAAAAUAUCCUAACAUCAAAGAAUUAUGCGACGCCUCCAUCCUGAAAAUAAGGAGCAUUCAAACCAAUAAGCCGGUCGACCUUGCCGCUGGUAUCAGGGAGGUGUCGUCGGAGCUGAUCGAGCCGUUUCUGCUGGCUGUGGAUGUGCGGGUGGCGCGACUGAACCAGAUUAGUCUGCAGGCGGUGCAGAAGUUGAUUGUGGCCUCCCUCAUCUCCCAGCUGGCAGCCUCCAAAGUGGUGGACAUGAUGGGGGUGCUGGUGGAGAUGGAGGCACUCAAGGUGCUGCAGACCCUGCUUCAACUCGUCACCACAGACACCAUCGUGGUCAAAGGUGCAUUGCAGAGGGCCAUUGCAAUAUGCACUAAUCUGACGUUUUCGAAAGAACCGGUGAUCGCGAAUACGGCUGAGGCGACUGUGAAGCAGCUGGUGAACACCAUCUUCGACCGCAUAGACGACCGAAAGAUGAAGGAGAAAGGUGGAGGGGGGACGAGAGAGAUGAUUGGGUCUGGUUCGUCUCCAGAAGAACUGUUCCCGGAGCAGAGUGUAUUUCUGCAUGAUGCAGAGUGCUUCCUAAAGGACCUGUGUACUAAUGUGACGAAUGAGCAGACUCAUUUGAGGACUACCUCGGAGGUGUCUCCAAGUCUGGGCAUUGAGAUCCUGGAGAACGUGCUGCACAUAUACCACCGCAAACUGACCGCUUGUCCCACUCUCAUGUUGGUGGUGAAAGACAACGUCUGCAAACUAGUCCUCAAGAUGCUUUCUCCCUGCUGCACCAAACUCAAGUCUGGUGCAUCAAUAGCCGACCAGCAACAACAGAGCAGUAUCAGCAGCAGUAGCAGUGGGGGUGCCGGUGGGGAUGUGCAGUUUGGGCUUUUAGUGCGACUGUUACGCAUAGUACAUAUACUGGUCUCGCGAUACAUGGACUGUCUACUGAUGGAGUGCGAGAUAUUCCUCAGCCAUUUAGUCCGCUUUCUCCACUCGCAGUCACCGCAAUGGCUCAAGGUGCUGAGCUGUGAGAUUGUGCACUAUAUCAUUGCACAGCCGAGUCUGGUGAGUGGGAUCUGUGAGAAGUAUGACCUCAAGUCCUCCUCAACCAAAAUAUACGCAGACAUCGUCACAUCAAUCGGACAGCUGGCACAAAACCAGUUCGCACUUUGCUACUCCACUUCUGCCAGCCAGACAUCUGGCAACAACAGCGGCACCGCUACUAUGGUGACCAGUGACGUGUCUUUCUUCUACAAAGGAGUCACCAUCCCCAUUCUAUGCAACCCACAAGGGACCAGUAUGAAGAAUAUGUACGUGGAUGGGAUGGACAGGAGUGACAUGCCAUCUAUUCCGGAGUCAUACUCGGUGUCGCUCUCCUACAUAUGUGUGCUGGACAUUGUGCGCAGUCUCAAUCACAUAUUCGCAGAACAACUUACCCCACACAUCAGCGCCACAACAGCAACAGACAUCCAGAGGGAGGGAGAGAAAGAUGAAGAUGGUGGGCUUGCGGUGGAGGGUUACAGUGAGCAGGACGUGUCCCAGCAGCAGCAGACACCUUUGGUGCAAGUGGUAGCUGGGGAAAAUGGGACAGGCAGGUUGAGCUUUUCCCAGCUGGUGGAUGGAGAGAGGAAGCGACUGCUGCAUGAGUUGGUGGCAUCUUCCUGGCUCGGAAUCAUGCCCCCUCUCUGUCUCUUCCUAGAAGCUGCUUCAGACCAGCCGGUGGUGGACACUGUGCUCAAGGCAUUCCAGAUCUUAGUGAAGUUGUCGGGCGAAAUUGGACUGGUGAGUUCGAGGGAUGCAUUCAUAGCAUAUCUGUGCAAGGCGUGUCUGCCCUCAAGCUAUGCGCCCCUCUUCCUAGAGAGCUUUGAUGUUUCCAACAACACUCCACAGAGCAUAGCUGCCUUGUUCAAGUUUACGGAGGAAAACAAGAAUGCCAACUCGCAGAUUGUGGCCAUCAGCCACGCACUGGCUGUGCCUGGACGCACCUCUCCCCAGAAUGUGUCACUGACUUCAAAGAACCUGCAGUGUAUGAAUGCCGUGCUGCGUGUGACUGCGGAACACGGGGCUAGCUUCGACACCUCGUGGAACUUCGUGCUGAAGACGCUUGAACACUUUGUGUGGAUACUGUGUCUGAAGCCAUCCACGGGUGGCCUCCUGAAAGCGGCCACCUCAAUGGGCGAGAAGUCGAAUACGGUGAUCACGGCUGUCGCCCUCAGCGAGAUCCCCGACCUCACCAUGCGGCUGUCUAAAGUGUUCACGUCUACCAAGGACCUGGAAAAGGAACAGCUGGAUCACGUCAUAGGUGCUCUGAUCUCUAUCUCCAAUUGUGCACUACAGUCGGCGGCUAGUAUGAAGGAACCCUCUUUGUUUGGACCGGCUAAGCUGCUGGAGACUGGGCUGGUCAAUUUGUUCCGAGUAGAUUGUCUUUGGGACACUCUCUCCUCCCACUUCCUGCAGCUGUGUCGCAACGGUAACGCCUACUUGAGGUGCUAUGCCGCAGACGCCUUCACCCAGCUGGUGAGGAGUGCUCUCUGCCACAACAUCAGAACUGAGCAGCAGACCGGUGACCAGAAGCUGCAGUUGGACUUACUCAAUCCACUCUCCAGCAUGUGCACGAUUCACUACCCGGAUGUGCGACUAAAGCAGCUGGAAUGUGUGCACCAGAUCCUGCAGACAAACGGACAGCAACUGGUUUGUGGCUGGCCAAUUCUGCUGCAGGUGAUUGAGUCAUUCGACGUGGAGCCUUCGUGCGAUGGACUGGUCAAAACAGCCUUCGUGAGUCUUCAACUGGUGGUCAGUGAUUUUCUGCAUUCACUCCCUGCCAGUUCCCUUCUGCAGUGUAUCAACGCGGCCUCCAAAUUUGGCAACCAGCGGGUGGAGCUGAACAUCAGCCUGACUGCAGUAGAGAUCCUUUGGAAUGUGUCUGAUUACAUUUUCAACAACUACAAAAGCAUAGAGGCCGAUCUGGGGAAAGACAAGCAGGCGAGUCACACGCAGAAGGUAAAUGACUACAUUCUUGCCCUAUUCGUUAAACUGGCAGACUUGUGUUGCGACGAGAGACCUCCAGUGCGCAAAAGUGCGGCGCAGACUCUCUUUGGCACCAUAAAUGUACAUAGCUCUUCGAUGGACGUCCACUUCUGGCACACUGUCGUCUGGACAGUCCUGUUCACCCUGCUGACGGAGGUGAGCAAGAGCUACACGGUGGCGUGUGCGGAUGUGGUAAAGAAAGACCUGCUGGUGCACCACUCGCGCGACACUCCAGAGAAGCAGUGGUCGGAGACUGUCGUCUUGUGUCUCAGCGGAGUCUGUAAAAUAUUUGUCUCUUUUCAUCACACUCUCUUUAAUGUCUCUGGCUUCGAGGAGAUUUGGAAGACGCUCACUAAUGAACUGCGCCAGUUUUGCGCGUUAUGCAAGAACAAUGAAGUGACUAAUGCGGCUAUUAAGUGUUUCCAGGAUCUGGUCGAAGUCUUGGGAACAGUUAGCAAUGACGUCAAGCUGUGGACUCCUAUUUGGGCCGCUUGGGUGGGGAUGGGAAAAGAAUUGUUAGCGCCUACUAAUCUCCCUGCGAACUCGGCAAACUUGAAAAAAUCUCUUUUUGUUCCUAGUCAACAGUUUCUGACAAUUUACGUAACUCAAUUUGUCCCUAUUUUUAAAGCUCUCAAAAAAGUGUUUACCAAAAACGAUCUAGAGAGUUUUGGGCUCUAUUUGACUGCCACCGUCUCCAUUCCGUUGCCAGGGGACUCAACUGCAAUUUUCAUGCUGGCGUCUAACCCAGAUUGCAACGGGAUGAGUCCACUGCAGACGACGGUGAUCAACUGUCUCACCACCACCGCCUCCCACAUUCUUGACGGUUCACCUCCCGGCGGAGGUGGAAGCAACCAAGACUGGCCUCUGCUGCCGACACUAUACGCUCUACUGAACAAUUUGUCCACGUUCGCCUGUGAGGUGCCCCCUUUCGGAGGAGGCGGGAACCCAGGAGUGAAGACGAGGAUAAUCGAUCUGAAUGUGCCUGCGACCUACAGGGCGAGUGCAAAUGCGAACAGCAAUAGCAGUGGCCAUGAGUUGGUCCAGGUCAGCUGCACUGUGUUCUCGGAGAAGUGUCUGCGUCUGGUGGUGGAGCUGUACGCUAAGACUCAUUCCAGCACACGAGUUGUGAAGGAGAAGAUCAUGCAGAGAAUAGUGGCUGCCUGUAGGAGACCCCUGGCCAUGAAGUAUGCUUGCAGCUCCAAAUCCACCUGGAAGUGUGCACUUGCAGCUUUAAUGAAGGUCAUCAUCACGGGACUGCCGGUUGCCACUCAGCCGGCCAAUGAGGAACUGUUCCGGGAAAUGUGGGUUGAGCUGGCUGACUGUAUCGAGGAGUUCCUCUUCCCCAAGACCAGUGCCCCCGCCAACAUGAGUCUGGAGGAGCACCAGAGCGACGAGUCCUACGAUGUACAACUUAUCAAUCUCAUCAGUAGCGAAGUGUUGCCCUGUGCACGCAGUAUUCCGAAGCAGUUUGUGGCGCGCAUCAUGGAGAUGCUGAACAGGGGUAGCAUCCAUUCCGCCGCCAACGCCUCCUUUCUCGACGCAGAACUGGGACGGAAGCUGAGAGAGGACUUGGCCAGGACAUGCUUCCACACUCUACUCCACUUCUCCUUCAGCGAAGAGAACAAUGCUGCGUCCGGAAAAGGUGUGGGAGUGUCAGAGGAGAGUGCAAUCACGCGUCUGGCGCUGGAGGCUCUGCUGACGAGGUGUGCACAGGUGCUGACCAAGUUCGUGGAGGAUGAGCGCAAGAGUGGAAAACUGCCCCUGCCCAAGCCCCGUCUGGUGGAGUUGGCAUUUGUUCUCAAGGCUAUUGCAACCUUCCUCCAGUCUCUCUCCUCCAUCACUGCCUCUAACUCUACUCUCCUAUCCACCCCUAACAGUGGCAGAGGUGGGGGUCGAGUAGACGAGCACAUCUGGCAGAUGGUGUUCGAUCUCUACCCUCUCUUGUUAAACCUCACGGCCACAAACGCCACACAGGUGCAUCCGAUGGUGAGAGAUGUGCUGCACGAAUACAGGCCAUUCCUCUCUUCCGCCCCCACCUCACUAUCAUCAGCACCUCUUUCUUCGGCCUAGAACAGAACAGAAACGGAACAAGGAAGGGUUAGAACUAGAAAAAAAAGAAUGAACUGUUGGUGAACAAUUGAUUUUCUGUCGCUACCCUGAUGUAUUCUUGUAAAUAAAUUGGGAGGCGGAUUAGAUUAUAUAUAUCGAAUGCAACUGAUAAAAAACUGAAUUCUCUGCAGAGGUAAUUUGUCUGGAUUUCCUCUAGCCCCAUAUCUAAUUUAUUUGUUUGUAAAUAGCGAGGUUUUAUUUUCCCAUAUUUGAAGUAUCAUAGCAGCUCAUUGAUGUUAUAAACUAAUGUUGCAAUCGAAUCUAUAUUGAGUUAAUUUAUAAAUUGGAUAUAUUCAAUUUAAACCUGUGUCCAGCGUUAUUUAAGGGCAUGGCAACAAUUCGUCGCAGA